AUGACGUACCACUUGACACAGGUACUUACUGGGCACGGUUGCUUUGGUAGGUACCUGUGGCGAGUGGCACGACGAGAGGACACAGCGGUGUGCAAGCACUGUGACAGAGGUGAGGAGGACACGGCGCAUCACACCCGCGCCGUAUGCCCUGCGUGGGAUGAACCGAGAUCGGAGAUGGCUGCGGUUCUUGGAGCGGACCUAUCGCUGCCGGCAAUAGCCAGUGCGAUGGUCCGCAACAGAGGCACCUGGGAGGCGGUCGUCGCGUUCUGCGACGCUGUCAUGUCCCUAAAGGAGGCGGCAGAGAGAGAGCGAGAGGACGAUCCCCUCUCGCUCCCUAUCCGCCGAAAAAGGACCGGGCGGAGGCGGGCCGCGUAUGACCGCCGCUUGCCGCCCUAA